CUUACAUAAUCACGCGUAUUUCCAUAAGCACACACACACACACGCACGCACACACACGCACACACAGUUACGGAUUUACUGUGCUACAACGCGUAGGAAGUACCUAGGUACAGUACAACUUGCCGCAACACUACCCUUGUCACGUCAAUUCCUUCCCACUACCGAUACUGUCUUAUCAGGACAGUCGCCGCCCAAAGAACAACGCCAAUUAUUAUCAUCAUUCUUAAUCAACCUCGUUUGCCUCCUCUUCCCUACCUUUUCUAUUUCUCUUCAUUUCAGUUGACCAUUCAAUCGUCAUCUCCUUGACGUAGCUCGAUAUGUCGACUGCCGCACGCCGCCGUUUAAUGCGUGACUUCAAGCGCAUGCAAACCGACCCUCCAGCUGGGGUGUCUGCGUCCCCUGUCCCCGACAAUGUCAUGACUUGGAAUGCCGUAAUUAUUGGGCCCGCUGAUACGCCAUUCGAAGAUGGAACCUUCCGACUAGUCAUGCACUUUGAAGAGCAGUAUCCGAACAAGCCACCCGCCGUUAAAUUUAUCAGCCAAAUGUUCCACCCGAAUGUCUAUGCUACCGGCGAGCUAUGCCUAGACAUCCUACAGAAUCGAUGGAGUCCCACAUACGAUGUGGCGGCUGUUUUGACAAGCAUUCAAAGUUUGCUCAAUGACCCCAAUACCGGUUCCCCUGCGAACGUGGAAGCUUCCAAUCUUUACAAGGACAAUCGAAAGGAAUACACUAAAAGGGUGCGUGAGACUGUGGAGAAGAGCUGGGAGGAUUAAAUAUGUCUUUCAUCGCGCAAAUGGGACGCUCAGUACUGUCACUUGCUUAAGGCGUAUGGUACACGUCUUCAAUCACGACAUUCGCAUUUGGGGAGACGAAUGGAUUCCCUACGGCUGGAAUUUAAGAAUCCCAACGGAAGUUUGACGUGGAACCAUUCAGGUUCUGAUGGUAAGAAUUAUCUCUAAAGGGGCGUCGCUAGGGCUCGGCGUUUAGGUAGGCGUCGAACAGGAAUGAUUUUCAUAUUUCAUAGCUCGAGGUAUCUAUAAGAGAACCUUACCCUCCUUGAUGCUUGGGGAAUUAAUUGUUAAGGGAGUCAUGCUUUAUAUGGGAGAUAUCCCAACAAGUCUGCAUCAGCCCAGGCCUUUUUUUUUUUUUUGCGUAUACUGGGAAUAAUAUACACCUGCUUGGGUAGUUUACGUGAUUUUGUAACAGAUACAUGUAAGGUAAAAUGACAACGAUUAUAAAAAAGUAUGUCGCAUAUAUAUCAGAUAUUCUUGGAUGAAUGAUCGUUUUUUUCCUGGGUGGAUGCAUGAACGGCAACUUAAAGUUGCAGGGUACAUGUGAAGUUCGCAUUUCUAAUAAUAAAGAACCGA